AUGGCUUCUACAACAAAAAGUCAUGAACAAGUUCCACCAGGAGAGCCCAUGUUAAUGGGGCAACAUAUGCUAGACAAAGGUGCUCAAAUGUUGCAAUCUUUGAAACCUAUCAAGCAAAUGAACCAACAUGUUUGUAUUUUUAUUGGUUCACUAACAACUUUUGUUAUGUACAAUCAUAAUAUGUCCCGUCAAAUUGAGACACAUUAUUAUGUUACGCGUGUGAAUCAAGAUUUCCUCCAGUGUGCUGUUUAUGACUCCGAUGAAUCCACUGGACGCCUUAUUCGAGUGGAGUAUAUAGAAUCUGAUCGUAUCUUUGAAAGUUUGCCUCAAGAAGAACAAAAGCUUUGGCAUUCUCAUGGACACGAGGUUUGUGACAAGUUACCAAUUGGGCCUCCGUCACUAAUGAUGUCUCCACAAGCAGUAGAUUUGGGCAUUGUGAAAAUAGGCCUAGUCAAGAAGAGAGAUGACAAGUACAACAUAUCGACCGAUGCCAUGAAAACGGUGAGGGCUGAUUUACCCGAGCCCACGCAGCUCAAUCCGCGGGCGGAUUAUUGGGUGGAGCACGGCAAGGGUAGUGUGAUCGACUUUGAUGAUGUUGAGAUGAAGAAGAUACCACCAUUUCCAUGAGUUUGUGUUUGAAGCUUUAAUACAUAGUUUGCGUCCAUGUUAA